AUGGCCUACGUGGUACCCAUCCAUCGGGCCAGUGGCAUUCGCCAUGCAGUGAAGCUGAAUUUUAUGAAUUCCGAGGAGGACUGCUUGGUGGUAGCAAAAGCCAAUCGCCUCGAAUUCUACACCCUUACCCCGGAUGGCCUGAUCCUGGCCCAGACCCGCGCGCUCUACGCGCAGGUCACCAUGCUGGCCCGUCUCCCGGCGCCGGCCAACUCGCCGACCGACCACCUCUUCGUUGGCACAGACCAGUAUAACUACUUCACACUCGCCUGGGACACGGAGAAGCGACAAGUCCGAACAGCCCGCAGCUAUGUUGAUAUCGCAGAGCCCUCGGCCCGAGAAUCGCAGACCGAUCCACGGUGCCUGGUUGAUCCCAGCGGACGGUUCAUGACGCUGGAGGUCUACGAGGGCGUGAUCGUGGUGAUCCCGAUCAUCGAGUCGACGAAACGAAAGGGCCGCGUCUCGCAGGCCACACUACAAGCUGAUACGCCGCAGGUCGGGGAACUGGGCGAGCCGACUGCGUCGCGGAUUGAUGAGCUGUUCGUGAGGUCGUCGGCGUUCCUGCACUCCGGGUCCAAUCAGCCGUGGCUCGCGCUGUUGUAUGAGGAUAACCAGAAGAAGGUCCGGCUGCGGAUCCGGGAGCUGGAGUAUAGCCGGGCUACUCCGAGUGGGCCUGCGGAUGCUACGUUUAAGGAGGUGCAGGAGAAGAAGCUGGAUGGGGGUGUUUUUGCGCAUGAGCUUGACCUGGGCUCGUCGCAUUUGAUUCCUAUUCCUGCUCCGCUAGGUGUGUUUCUGAUCGUACUUUUCUCCUAUAGACUGCUUGUGCUGACGACUAGGGCAGGUGGCCUCAUUGUCCUGGGAGAGACAUCUAUCAAAUACAUCGACGACAAUGCAAAUGACAUGAUCUCGCGCGACCUUGAAGAAGCAACUGUCUUUGUAGCCUGGGAGAAGGUCGAUAGUCAACGGUGGUUGCUCGCUGAUGACUAUGGACGAUUAUUCUUCCUGAUGUUCGUAUUGAACAACGAAGGCAACGUCGAGGAUUGGAAACUGGACUAUCUGGGAAGUACAUCUCGAGCCACAAAGCUUGUGUACCUCGGCGGCGGAAUUCUGUUUGUCGGCUCGCAUCAGGGUGAUUCACAGGUGCUUCGCAUCGGCGAUGGCUCCUUUGAGGUCAUUCAGACCCUGUCUAACAUUGCACCCAUCUUGGACUUCACCUUGAUGGAUCUAGGAAACCGCACAAGUGAGGUUCAGACGCACGAGUUCUCGACAGGACAAGCUCGGAUCGUGACUGGCUCAGGUGCUUUCGAUGAUGGAACUCUGCGAAGUGUGCGUAGUGGUGUCGGAAUGGAGGAGCUUGGUGUCUUGGGUGAAAUGGAUCACAUCACAGAUUUAUGGGGACUGCAGGCUCAAAGCACAGGGAGCUUCCUCGAUACGCUGCUCGUGACCUUCGUCGAUGAAACGCGGGUAUUUCGCUUCAGCGCCGAUGGAGAAGUCGAGGAGCUGGAGGAUUUCCUCGGGCUCUCUCUGGCGGAGAGUACACUCUUGGCAGCUAAUUUGCCAGGGGGUCGAAUCCUGCAGGUUACGGAGAAGAAAGCCCUGAUUGCUGAUCUUGAAAACGGGAUGGUCACAUUCGAGUGGACGCCCCCGACGCAGAAGGCGAUUACUGCAGCCUCAGCCAAUGAUGACCACCUGGUGCUAGUUAUUGGUGGCCAGGGCCUAGCGACCUUUGAUAUCCAAAAUAACACCCAGCUCAUUACACAAAAGGACAUGGGUGCAGACCAGCAGAUAUCGGGCGUGACAGUUCCAGCCAAGCCUGGAGGUGUCUGCAUUGCUGGGUUCCCCCAGUCCGCCAAAGUGUCCAUCUUGGCUCUCCAGGAUCUGUCCGAGCUGCAAAGCCAGUCACUAGGCCCAACAGGGGAGGCCUUCCCCCGAUCCGUUCUGGUGGCAGACGUCCUCGCAGACAGCCCACCCACCCUGUUCAUUUCCAUGGCCGACGGCAGCGUCAUCACAUUCACACUGGACCCGCAAACAUACGCACUCACCGACAUGAUGAAGUUGAUCCUCGGAUCAGAACAACCAACCUUCAAGAAACUUCCCCGGGGCGACGGCCUGUAUAACGUCUUCGCUACCUGUGAGAAUCCGAGUCUGAUCUACGGCUCCGAGGGGCGAAUUAUAUACUCCGCAGUUAACUCUGAGGGCGCCUCCCGAAUCUGCCACCUGAACACAGAGGCAUUUCCAGAGUCUAUCGCCGUGGCUACGGCACGGGAGCUCAAGAUUGCGCUUGUAGAUAAGGAGCGUACAACACAGAUCCAAACACUACCAAUGGGCUCGACUGUGCGUCGCGUCGCCUACUCACCAUCUGAAAAGGCCUUUGGUCUCGGCACGAUCGACCGCAAGCUGGAGGAUGGCGUUGAAAUCGUCAAGAGUCAUUUCGUGCUCGCUGACGAGAUCCUGUUCCGCCGCCUGGAUGCGCUGGAACUUCACCCAGACGAGCUAGUCGAAAGUGUCAUUCGCGCUGAGUUUCCGGCUGGCAAGGAUGAGAACGGGAAAGAUGUUACUAAGGACCGGUGGAUUGUUGGCACGGCGUAUCUGGACGAAGAUCGAGCCGAAUCUAUCCGCGGGCGGAUUCUGGUGCUGGAAGUUGAUCAUGGGCGCAGGUUGAUCCAGGUCGCCGAGUUAGGAGUCAAGGGUGCGUGCCGCGCGCUAGCUAUGAUGGGUGACCGAAUUGUCGCAGCCUUAGUCAAAACUGUUGUCGUUUUUAAGGUGAUCAACAACAACUUUGGUUCGAUCAAGAUCGAAAAGACUGCCACAUACCGCACAUCAACAGCACCCAUCGAUGUGACAGUGGUCAAUGAUCUGAUUGUUGUCGCCGACCUGAUGAAGAGCGUCUGCAUCGUGCAAUUCACCAAAGGACAGGACGGCGUUAACGACAAGCUGGAAGAAAUCGGCCGACACUAUCAAACCGUCUGGACGACGGCUGUCGCCUCUAUCGAUAAAAACAUGCUUCUCGUCAGCGAAGCUGAAGGCAACCUCAUCGUGCUAUCCCGCAACGAAGGAGGUGUCACCGACCAAGACAAGCACCGUCUCGUCCCAACCAGCGAGAUUAGGCUAGGUGAAAUGGUCAACCGGAUCCGUCCCAUCCACAUCCAACAACUUGCCAGUCUGACAGUAACACCACGGGCCUUCGUCGCAACGGUCGAAGGUUCAAUCUACCUUUUCGCCUUGAUCAACUCGGAACACUACGACUUCUUUAUAACGCUCCAGAGUGUCAUCGCCAGCAAAGUCGAGUCUCUCGGCGGCCUGCCCUUCGAUAAAUUCCGUGCCUUCCGGACCCUCACGCGCUCCGCGGAGGCACCGUACCGCUUUGUGGAUGGUGAGCUGAUCGAACGGUUCCUUGACUGCGAGGCUGUUGUGCAGGAGGAAAUUGUUGCGGAGGUGGGCUCAGGCGAUGUGGCGAGCGUGAAAGGAAUGAUUGAGGCGCUGAGGCGGUUGCAUUGA